AUGAAGAGGAAACCUUCAUACAUUCCACAUGAGACUUUUACCUUUCUUGAGAACAGUCCACGACAAAUCACCAGACCAAGAAAUCAUUCAGGGACCACAUACGCAAAUUUUCCAAAAAGGAAUGCAGAUUGUCCAGUGUACUUAGGAAAUGCUAAUGGCAAACCAGAGAUGUACACUCAGGAAAAUGAUGUUCUGCAAAGAAAUACAAACCCAUCGAAUAGGUGCAAGCCAAGAAGACCUGCACUUAAGGACAUUUCAAAUGUUGCAACAAAUUUGGAAACUGAAUUCCAGAACUAUACUAGGCCUGGAGAACUUGAGUUCAGGAACAGUGUAGUUAGGCGAAGAAGCAGUAGAUUAGUAGCAUUUGAGAAUCUCAAUCAACGUAAUGAAGGCCUUGUACUAACAGAGGAUACUGUAGAUGUUGUUGCAGAAAAUGCUGAGGCACGGUAUAGGAAUCUAAGCUUUUGUUUUGACGGACCUUGUGACACUGGCAGUGAAGUUAGUAUAGAUGAGUAUGAUAAUGGUGAUCAAACUUCAAAUACCUUAACAUUCAUUGAACCUGACCAUACAUCUAUGAAGGCGCACAAUGGUAAAGCCACACAAGUUGCAGGAUACGUUGAUAUAGGGGAUCCUACAUUUAAAUGCCAAAGAUGUGGUGCACUAAUGUGGUUCAAUGAGAAAGUUGGAUCAAACAAGUAUGCUAGAAACCCAUCAUUCUCAAUGUACUGUCUUAAAGGAAAAGUUCAGCUUCCUCCUCUAGAUCAGUUUGUAAGAUUAUUUUUUGACAAGAAGACACCAUCUUCAAGAAACUUCCUCACAAAUAUAAGAACUUAUAACAAUAUGUUCUCCUUUACUUCUAUGGGUGGUAAAAUUGAUUACUCAAAGAACUCUGGUGGUGGUCCCUAUUCAUUUGUUUUGUCUGGCAUUAACUACCAUAGGAUUGGAAGUUUAUUACCUCCUAAAGGAUCAAAGCCUGUUUACUCCCAACUGUACAUAUAUGAUACUGACAAUGAAGUAUGCAACUGUAUAUCUGCUGUAAGCAAGCAUAUGAAAGAAUCAGCCAUUGAUAAUAAUAUUGUUGAUCAUAUCAAGAAAACCCUUGAUGAUGCCAACCCUUUUGUAAAACAAUAUCGAGCAGCAUCAUCAAUGAUCAAGAAUGACCAAAACACUGAUGUGAAAAUUUGUUUGAUCAGUACAAGAAGGAAGGAUGGGCGGAAUUACAAUUUGCCGUCUACUUCAGAGGUUGCUGCUUUAAUUGUUGGUGACAUUGAUAUGAAUUUCGGUAGAAGAGAUGUUAUAGUUCACAAGUUGUCAGGCUUGCCACAACAUAUUGAUGAAUUGCAUCCUUCCUAUCUUCCACUCCAAUACCCAAUAUUGUUUCCUAGAGGUGAGGAUGGUUAUCGUGACAAUAUAGAACAUCGUGAAGAGACUCUUUCUAAUACUAAGAAGAAAAAGCGGGUUAGUAUUAGAGAAAGCUCAAAGUUAUUAUGGGUCAGAACGCACCAGAAGGAACUUAGGGCAGAUUUGUAUCAGGGAUUGACAGAUGCGCUAUUAACUGGAGAAAGAAGUGCAUCGUCCACAGGGAAGCGUAUAAUUCUUCCAUCUUCCUUCACUGGAGGGGCACGUUAUAUGGUUGGCAACUAUAAAGAUGCAAUGGCUAUUUGUAGAUGGGCAGGUUACCCGAGUAUUUUCAUUACAUUUACAUGUAAUCCAGCUUGGCAAGAGGUCACACGAUUGAUGGAAAAUGAAUCAUUAUCUAGUGCUAACAGGCCGGAGAUAUUGUGUAGGGUUUUCCAUAUAAAGCUUAAGGCUCUUAUGGAUACAAUCAAGAAGAAGAAGAUAUUUGGUACUGUUAUUGCAGAUCAACGUGAUCAACCUAAAUAUCCGGAGGAUGUGGAUAGGGUAAUCUCUGCAGAAAUACCUAACUUGGAUGAAGAACCACAGUUGUAUGACUUAGUUAAGAGGUUCAUGAUACAUGGCCCAUGUGGUCGUUCAAACCCUAAGUCCCCUUGCAUGAAGGAUAAUAAGUGCAGCAAGUAUUUCCCCAAGAACUUUGUAGAACAAACUAUUGUUGAUGAUGAUGGAUAUCCUACAUAUAGGAGGAGAGAUGAUGGGAGGACAAUUGAAGUCAAAGGCAUUCCUCUGGAUAACCGGUUUAUUGUGCCUUAUAACCCCACAUUGUUAUCUAUGUUUGAAGCUCAUAUUAAUGUUGAGAAGUGUAACCAGUCAUCUUCAAUCAAGUACUUAUUCAAGUAUAUUAGUAAGGGAAAUGAUAGAGUUGUGGCAUCUAUUUAUGAGAGCGCUGGGGACGGAUCUUCAGGCCGGCCGAUUGAUGAGAUUCAAUAG